CAUCAUCCUCCUCGCAUCCCUCUCCGGCCAUGGCGUGUCGCCUCUGCGUCGCCACGCGCCGCUGCAGCAUCGACGUGCUCGCCGGCGCCGCACGCUCGCUGCCCGCCUGGGCCACGCAGCCACGUCUCGCCAGCCCUCUGCGCACCGCCGUGCUGCCACGCCUUCAGCGCUCGCGCUGCUUUGCCUCGACGGCCGCACAGCGCGCAGCGCCCGAGGCCGACGUCAGCGACAAGGCCGCCCGCAAGGCGGCGUGGAAGCGCUCAAGCAUCGGCCUCCUUCGUCGACUCGCUCUCCCUCGCCAUCACCGCCGGCCGCGGCGGCGACGGCUGCGUCGCCUUCUCGCGCGCAAAGUACGUGCCCUACGGCCCGCCGUCGGGCGGCGGCGGCGGCCGUGGCGGCGACGUGUACAUCCGUGCCGUCUCGGACAUGCGCAGCCUGGCGCGCGUCCCUGGGCGCGCCGAGGCCGGCAUGGGCGGGCACGGCCGCGGCGAGUGGCACGUCGGUGCGCCGGGCAAGGACGUGACGCUCAGCGUGCCGGUCGGUACGCUGCUGCGCGUGCGCAAGAUUGAGCCUGACGAGGACGAUGAGAUGGACGAGCAGCGCGUGCUGCGCGCGCAGUACGACGAGGACCUCAUGCAUCGCUACAGACGCAAGGGCAUGCGCGGGCGGCCACGAUCGCCGCGGCUGAAGCUGGAGCCGGAGCGUGCCAAUGAGGAGGAUGAGGAGGAGCAGGAAGACGAAGAAGCGGAUCUCGACGAGGAGACGCGGCAAGCAGAGAUAGCUGCACAUGCGCUCGAGCGCUCCCAACGCGACGCCAUGUGGCGCCAUUAUCCCGGCGGCAGCGGCGGUGGCGGGGCUACGGGCGCCAUGACGGCGCAGGGCGUCAUCGAGGAGGCCGACGCCGACAUUGCGCUGCAGCGCCGUGAGUUUGCCGCUGCCGAGGAGCGUCUGGCCGCGGCGCUGUGGCGCGAGCGAGGCGAGCAGGAGGAGCGCGAGCGCGUCGAGUGGCGCCGCUACUCCGGCGAGGAGCAGAAGCGCCUGCUGCGACAAGAGGCAGAAGAUGCGGAUCUGCAGACGCCCAUGCGCAUCAUCGAUCUGGUCCGCGCCACGCCAGCCGACUCGCCUGGCGUCUUGCUCGCGCGAGGCGGCAGUGGCGGCUUCGGCAACCCGUUCUUCCUCAGCACCGGCGCCAUCUCGCGCUCGCCCAAGCUCGCCACGCGCGGCGCAUGGGGCGAGCGUGUGCACGUCGAGCUGGAGCUCAAGAGUCCUGCCGACGUGGGCCUCGUCGGCCUGCCCAACGCCGGCAAGUCGACGUUGCUGCGCGCGCUCACCAGCGCAGGCCGCGCCGGCGUCGCGACGGCCAAAGUGGGCGCCUACGAGUUCACGACGCUCUCGCCCAACGUGGGCGUGCUGCGCCUCGGCGACAAGGGCCAGCUGAUUGGCGCGGGCCAAGGCGACAUUCUCGAAUCGAGCGAGGCGCAAGCUGCACAGAUACAGGCGCGGGAGAGCACGACGGAGGAGGAAGUGGCGCGUCUGACGCUGGCAGACCUGCCUGGCCUCAUUGCCGGAGCCUCUGCGAACCGCGGGCUAGGCCAUCUCUUCCUGCGCCACGCAGAGCGCUGUCGUGCACUGCUCUACGUGGUGGAUGUCUCCGAGGCACAGCCGGCGCCAUGGGAGCACAUCGCGACGCUGCGAGAGGAGCUGGAGGCCUACGCACCAGGCCUCAGUGAGCGCUGCGUCGCCGUCGUGGCCAACAAGUGCGACGUGCUUGGCCCGCCGAUCCCCAACAUCGACUCGCCGACGCAGGCGACGCGCUCGUCGAGAGAGGCAGCGCAAGAGAAGCUGCGGCGCCUGGGAGAAGAGGCCCGCAGACUGCACGACGGCCGGCCGCUCAAGAUCUACGCCGUCAGCGCCAAGCACCGCCUGGGCGUCGAGGCGGUCGCGUCGGCCAUGCGCGACGCCGUCACAGACGCCGAGACGGCGGAGCGCGGAGAGGAUGCAUCAAGGCACAAGUGGGUCUAGCCGCGCAGAGAAUGUCACACUUGAUCGC